UCCUCCAGUUCCAAAUGGCAAUCUCUAUUGAAUAGAUUUAGCAAUCAGAGAAUGCCAUGUCUUCAUCCUAUCUUCAUAUUACUUUGAUACGUUUUGAUUUCUAUUUUAGAUUUUCUAACUUCAAGAUGAAGAAAAUGCUCAUUUUAUCCUCAAGCACAGACCUUGCACUGACCGCUGCCUCCUGGCCUGUUUGGUUUAGCAGGGAGGCUGGGCUCUUUCCCCAGGUCCCGUCUCAGCCAAUCAUUUCCCAGUAUUCUCUCCUGAGCUGACACUCAUUCAAUUGGCUAACUCCUCCUAGCUCCACUACUCUAAUUGAUUUGGAGGACUGGUACAUAUUGGGUCUGACUAAUAUGUAAUUCUCACCACAGCCUAGUUCAGUUAUAACAAGUAGGCCAGCCUAUUCUUUUGUCUCUAUACCUUAUCACCAUCCAGUCUGAGAGAUGCAGAUUUUUUUACAUUGCUUCCCUGCAGCUCGAAAACAUUGAAAAAAGUUCCAGGGCGCGUGCUUUCCUAUUGGAAAGGUAAUUUGAUGCAAACUAUCAGAAUAAACACCAGGGUUCCUGGAAAUACGCACGAAGUGUUUCCAAUCAAAUUAUCCGACAUAGGAAGUAGUGGGCACUCGCUUGCAAUGGGCAUGCCCUACAGCCCUUCAAAUACUGUUGUGCGCCCGCCCCCUCCCCUAUUCGGUAGUUUGGACACAUUGCGGUAAAGCUGAUCCCGCAUGGCCAUGCUUGCGAGCCAAAGAACGAAGGUAUACAAACUACCCUACCUAUGAUGUUGCCCCGUCUAGCUCUCCGUGGACUAUAUAGUCUAAAGAGAAGAUUCUCUCUCACACACGAAGAUAUCUACUCGGAGCAUGGCAGGAUUUAGCCUGUGAAGCAAGUUUCAGCGCGUCUUCAUCGCGCCGUGCCAAGAGUUGUGCACUCGUUUCGGAUGGGGAUUUAUGGACUGACCGUAAAACAAGAGAUGGGGUGGCUUGCAGACAACACCAGUUUCCACUCCAACAUCUCUGAAGCGGCGGACCUAGCUGUUGCCGUGGUCUACUCUAUAUUCGGUGUGUGUUCACUGGUAGGGAACACCGUGCUGCUCUAUGUGUCCUAUAAGAAGAAGAAACUUCUCAAACCAGCCGAGUUUUUCAUCAUCAACUUGGCUGUCAGUGACCUCGGCAUGACCCUUAGCCUUUACCCCUUGGCUGUGACCUCCAGCAUCUACCACAGGUGGUUGUAUGGUAAGACUGUGUGUCUCAUUUAUGCUUUCUGCGGUGUUCUGUUUGGGAUCUGCAGUCUCACAACCCUCACUAUCCUCAGCACCGUGUGCUGUCUGAAGGUGUGCUACCCCCUCUACGGUAACCGCUUCGGCCCCGACCACGGGCGCAUCCUGAUCUGCUGUGCCUGGGCCUACGCCCUGGUGUUCGCGUGCUCCCCUCUCGCCCACUGGGGGGCCUACGGGCCCGAGCCCUACGGCACGGCGUGCUGCAUCGACUGGCGCGUCUCCGGCCUGGACGCGGGCGCCCGCUCCUACACCGUGGCGCUGUUCGUGUGCUGCUACGCGCUGCCCUGCGCCGUCAUCGCCUCCUCCUACACGCAGAUCCUGGCGACGGUGCGCGAGUCGCGGCGGGCCGUGGGGCGGCACGUCUCCGCCCAGACGCGCAUGGGCAACAUCCAGACCGUCAUAGUCAAGCUCAGCGUGGCCGUGUGCAUCGGCUUCUUCGCCGCGUGGAGCCCAUACGCCAUGGUGUCCAUGUGGGCGGCGUUCGGCCACAUGGACGCCAUCCCCCCGAUGGCGUUUGCCAUCCCCGCCAUGUUUGCUAAGUCGUCCACCCUGUACAACCCCUUGGUGUACCUGCUCCUGAAACCCAACUUCCGCCACCUGCUGUCCAAGGACCUGCUGUCGCUGCGGCGGGCCUGCCUGCAGCGCUGCAGCUGGGUGCGCCGCCUCUCCUGCCGCUCGGUCGCGGCCGUCGGCCUGCGAUCGCUGCUGCGGCCACGGGUCGGCGACGCGGCGGCCGACGCGGCCUCCUCGCGGGACGUCCUGGGCUCCUCCCACUGCGCCUGCGAGCGCUGCCGGGACCCGUUUGAGUGCUUCAAGCAGUACCCCCGCCGGUGUCACGUCAACGUCAACACCGUGCAGCUCUCGUUGAUGGAUCGCGUGGAGGCCCCCCCCGCCGCCCCCCCACCGGGGCCCGGGCCCGCCCCCCUGGCCCGGACGCACCCGGACGCCAAGCAGAGCGUGCGCGUCGUCGUUCGUGGGCAGAAGAGCGCAGAGGUCGAUGGCCUGGAGGUCACCCUGGAGACAGUGCCCGCCCACCUCAAAACCAUUGCUCAGUGAAAGACCUUCACAAGUGCGCACGCACACACAGACUCAGCCUCUCUGUGAAUGUAUUCUUUAAACAUUUUUCUACAUCUAAGAAAAAAAAAAGUUCUUCUUUGUCUAGGAGGAUGUUUUGGGGGGGGUUUCAUCUAUGACUUUAAAAGCGUCUGCUAAAUGAAUAAAUGUAAAUGACUCACGUUGAUAACUAUUUACCUCAUUGUAGUUCUUUUAGAAUCAGAUGAUGCAAAGUAAAACCCAUUGAGAGGUGGGCCUCAUUCUGUUUGUCCAACGAUUCUUCACCCUUUUAAACAGUGAUCUCAACCAAUCACAGGACAAUAGAGGUUGAAAUCAACCAAUAGCGUGUUGAGUUGAGACGUGUCUCAACAGCACUUCCUUAAUCCAUGGAAACCAAACUCAGGAAGGACAACACACUUCGAGGACACUGAAAUGGGAUAAAGAAUAUUUUAUUAUAUACACAUGAGAUUUUUUAUUUUCACCAUUUCCAUUUCCUCAUGAGAAUUUAUUUAAUUUGCUAACAUAUUUAUGAAGUCAUCUUUUGUUUUUAUGUCAACUCUAAUAGGUAGAUGGUGAUGGUUCUUUAAUAUGUUGCCUUUGAAGAGCAGCUACUGUACUGCGACAUGUCAGACUAAAACUAAACCCAGACUUUCAGUAUUUCAGUAUCCAACUCUGAGCCAUGGCGUCUGCCCUCUCCAAAGAAGUCACCAAAGACAGAUCCUGCUGUCAACAUGUCUGCAUUGUAUGCAAAAAACUAUUGUGACAUUACAUGCAAGUUUCACCUUGUGAGAAUGAACAAAGUUUAAAAUUUUGAGGGAUCCUUUUAAAAAUAUUUUUUGAUGUUUCGCGGGGGCCCUGUGGGGGGUGGGGUGGUGGUUUGUGGUUGUUAUUCUGCAGUAUUGUGCGUGCCAAUGGUGUUCAAUAGGUCUGAACUGAACCUCCAAACUUGAAAAGAAUGCUUUUCUAGAACGGUGCCUUCUGAGAAGUGCAAGGAUCUUUUCAGAUAUCACAAUCAAAGGGCUGUAGUUGAACUUGAGGUGUACCUAGAAAUAUGAUCCUUAUGGAAAAUUCUAGUGCACAUGUGCAACAUAGAAACCAGCCCUAUCUACUGCACCUUGCAUUUGUAUGACUACUGAAAUUGUUUAUGGUGCUGUAAAAAUGAAUUGUUUUUUUAAUAUUUUACGUUAGCGUGUUGACGCUUUGUUUGGAUGAAUCAAAGUGUUCUAGAAGUAAACCACAAGUGGAAAAACGGUGUCAGUGCAGUGGGACGUGUGUG